UGUUAGGACUUACCUGGAAAAAGAAAGAGAGAGGCAGAAAAUAUAAUAUACCCAGGCUAAUGUCCUGUGGGAGAUCAGACAGAGGACAGAAUAGUGGUAGUUCUGUUCAGAAGGGGGACAGGAAAGGGACAGAACUUCAUGGACGUACUAGAACUUGAGCACGGCUUUGUUGCGGUUUAGUUUAUGAAAGAGAAACUGGAAAUUUGUCCUGGAAUCAUAUUUCCUGUAAAUGAUAAGGGUUUUUUUGUUUGUUUGUUUUGUUUUUUGCUAAUUGUUUGGUCCGACUGGGAGUUGGGUUUAGGAGCCAGAGUGGCUGCAACAGAUGAAAAGCUGGUGUUUUCUGCAGUUUGCCCUAGUGAGAAGUAUUAUUUCCAUCUGAUGAUUGCACAGAGUCAUUAAGGGCAAGGAAAGUCCCUGGGUUCCUUGUCAGCUGGGAGGAAACAAGAUUACAGUGGAAUGGGGCCUAUCCUUUGUCUGAGUUCCUGAACUGAGGAAUUAGGGGGCACCUGUGCAUCUGCCUCCGAAAAGGGGGAGGGUCGGGCACUGGGGAUGUCGAUGGUAUGUGUGCUCAGGUCUGCCACUGCUAGUUUGGUCGAAACAAGAAAGCGAAAGCUCACGAAGCCCGGAGAAGCCCUCCUUCUUUUUCGUAAGCUGCUGCUUAGCAGAGCAUGAUAGACCUGACCCCAGACCCUGAAGAUGAUUCGAGGAGCCGGGCAGCGAAGUGGCAGAAGCAUCCGGGCCUGUCCACGGCGCCUUGGGCUGGGAGACCCAUGGAGAAGUUUCGGGCGGUGCUGGACCUCCACCUCAAGCAUCACAGCCCGCUGGGCUACUGCCUGGUGACCCUGCUGACGGCGGGCUGCGAGCGCAUCUUCUCCACCGCGGUGUUCCAGUGCCCGUGCAGCGCUACCUGGAACCUGCCCUACGGCCUAGUCUUCCUGCUGGUGCCGGCGCUGGCGCUCUUCCUCCUGGGCUACGUGCUGAGCUCGCGCACCUGGCGCCUGCUGACCGGCUGCUGCGCGCCGGGCGCCCGCACGGCCUGCGGCGCGGGGCUCCGCGUCACCCUGGUGUGCGCGCAGCUCAGCGCGGCCGCCGCCGUCGCGCCGCUCACCUGGGUGUCGGUGGCGCUGCUCGGGGGCGCCUUCUACGAGUGCGCCGCCAGCGGAAGCCCGGUCCUGGCGCGGCUCCUGUGCCUCGGCCGCGACCCGGACUGCGCCGUCCAGCUGCCGCUGGUGCCCUGCCAGCAGGCCAAGGCGCCCGACGUGCAGGACCUGCGGAAGGAGCUCAUUGCCCAGUCGCAGGUGACGGGCUGGAUCCUGAUAGCAGUGGUUAUCGUCGUGUUCCUGAUUUGUACCUCUGUCAGCCGAUGCCUAUCUCCAGUUAGUUUCCUGCGGCUGAAAUUUUGGAAAAUCUAUGUGGAACAGGAGCAGGAGAUCCUUAAAGCUCAAGCCACAGAGCAUGCAACCGAAUUGGCAAGAGAAAAUAUCAAAUGUUUCUUUGAGUGCUCACAUCCAAAGGAAUACAACAUUCCAAGCAUUAAAGACUGGCAGCAAAUUUCGUCACUGUAUACUUUCAAUCCCAAGGAACAGUACUAUAGCACGCUGCACAAAUAUGUUAACAGAAAAGAGAAGACUCAGAGUAUCGGAUCUUCUGAAGGAGAUGCAGUGGUUCCUGUUCUUAGCUUUGUAGAUUCACCUGGUAUAAAGAGCACUACUGACUUAUGACCUUUUUAGCGAAUAGGUAAAAAGUUAUUUUGAAUUAUUGACUCAUGAAAAAAAUAAACAUUGGUACUGUUUGA